CUGCCGCAUGCAUGCGACGGACUUGAGCAGAAGCUGCAGCAGCAGCGGCAGCAGCAGCAGCAGCGUUUGAAACGCUUCCAUUGAGAAGAGUUGGACAGGGGAAAUAUUGGCACAGGCGUCUCUUGUGCGAGGUGCGUCUUCUCCAGCAGAUCCCGAGGAACUUCGUGGCGUCACUGAGCGGCUGAUCCCACUGGGGCUGAUGUGUUUGCCACGAAAGUCGGGGCAGCAGGAAGGCAACAAAUCAUCCAGACUCUCCAAAGAGGAGGCGUUUUCUUGCAUAAUAAUUAGGGGGGGGAGAAGAAACCCUUUGAAGAGCGUCUUGAAUGGACAAAUGUAGCCUUUGGGGAGAUGCUGUCAUUAUUUUUGUCCCCCAUUUGCGGAGAUAAAAAGGAGCCGGCGAGGAGCAUCCAAGGCAAGCCUUUGGUGUCCUUUUUUGGGUCAUUGUUCUCAUCUUCCGCUCAUGCAUUGCUAUUUGCUGACCUUUCCCAGUGGAAUCUAUGCCUCCCCUCCUCCCCACUUGCUCCACCCCGUACAGUUCCAGCUGAGAAGAAGCACUGACUGCCCCCCUCCCAAAAAAAACCUGCCACAAGACACCUUGAAUGGAAGAUAUACCUUUACGCUGAAAUUCUUUUGUCAUGACAUGGCAUUGUUACCACUCAAUGGGAAAUAACAUCAAAAAACUCAAGGAGAAGGAAGAGAGACAACGGAAAGGAAACCAUCUGAAAUCACUAGCAAAGGAGGGAUGCUAACAUCUUUCCUCUGAAGAAGUCAGAAGCCUAUCAAGACUGAGAAGAACACAAUUUGGGGUGCUUGAGGGGGGCAGGACAAAAUACCGCUGAAAAUAGUAGUAUAUAAGAAUGAUUGAUCGCAGUGUGCCAACCAGAAGUGGCUUUUAACACAUGCUUUUGAGACACAACUCUUUCUCAGGCCUGCAUGAUGCCUGAAGACAGGAAUACGGGGGUCCGUGCCUCAGGUGCCUUAGCGUCGUCCCCCUUUGUUCCCAAAACUACCUACAGGAGAAUUAAGCGGUGUUUUAGCUUCCGCAAAGGGAUUUUUGGGCAGAAGCUUGAAGACACCGUCCGGUAUGAGAAGAGAUAUGGAAACCAUUUGGCUCCCAUGUUGGUGGAACAGUGCGUAGAUUUUAUUCGGCUGCGUGGGCUGAAGGAAGAAGGACUUUUCAGACUGCCCGGACAGGCUAACCUCGUCAAAGAAUUACAGGAUGCUUUUGACUGUGGAGAGAAGCCAUUGUUUGACAGAAAUACAGAUGUACACACGGUGGCAUCACUGCUGAAACUGUACCUCAGAGAGCUCCCGGAGCCAGUUAUCCCGUACUCCAAAUAUGAAGAUUUCCUUUCCUGUGCCAAACAGCUCAGCAAGGAAGAGGAAAUGGGGCUGAAUGAAUUGGUGAAACAAGUCAAGAGUUUGCCACUUGUGAACUUCAACCUGUUGAAGUAUAUUUGCAGAUUCCUGGAUGAAGUCCAGUCCUAUUCCGGAGUAAACAAAAUGAGUGUGCAAAACCUUGCUACUGUGUUCGGCCCCAACAUCCUGCGUCCCAAAGUGGAAGACCCUCUGACCAUCAUGGAAGGUACCGUUGUCGUCCAGCAGUUGAUGUCUAUGAUGAUAAGUGAACAUGAGCUGCUUUUUCCCAAGGAUGCAGAUCUCCAAAGUGGGCAGGAAGUUUGUAAUAACAACAAUGAGAUCCAAAAGAAAGUGAUUAUGGGUCAGCUCCAGAACAAAGAGAACAACAACACCAAGGAGUCCCCAGUGAGACGCUGCUCUUGGGAGAAACCUGAAUCUCCUCAAAGGACCAUUGUGGACAACGGGUCUCCUACUGCCCAGCCUGGGAGCAAGUCAAACAGCCCAAGAAACAGCAUUCACAAACUGGACAUCACCAGAAGUCCACCCCUCAUGGUGAAAAAAAAUCCAGCAUUUAAUAAAGGCAGUGGCAUAGUCACCAAUGGGUCGUUCAGCAGUUCGGUGGAAGGUCAAGAGAAGACAUCACCAGCCUUGCCCAAUGGUACCUUGCAGGCUAGAAGAACAUCUUCCCUGAAAGGGCCAGUCACUAAAAUGGGCACACAUAGUGUACAGAAUGGAGGUGUGCGAAUGGGGAUCUCAAGUACUGACACCCAUAGCAACUCUCUGAACAGCCGCAACCAGAGCUGGAUGCCCAAUGGUUACGUGACAUUCAGGGACAACAAGCAAAAGGAGCCCAUGAGUGAUUCAGGCCAGCAUAACAGACUCUCUACUUAUGACAACGUCCACCAGCAGUUCUCUGUGGUGAACACCGAAGAUAAGCAGAGCGUCGAUAGUGCGACGUGGUCCACGUCGUCUUGUGAAAUAUCCCUCCCUGAACAUUCCAACUCCUGCCGGUCCUCUACCACCACCUGCCCUGAGCAAGACUUUUAUGGGCCCAAUUUUGAAGACCCUGUGCUAGAUGAGCCCCAACAUGAAGAUCUCUCCAACCAAGGAGAUUAUGAGAGCAAAGGUGACCGGAGAAGUGUUGGUGGGCGUAGCAGCCGGGCUACCAGCAGCAGCGACAACAGUGAAACUUUUGUCGUCAACAACACAAGCAACCACAGUGCUUUGCACAGCCUUGUGUCAAGCUUAAAGCAGGAAAUGGCAAAACAAAAGCUGGAGUAUGAAACGAGGAUUAAAAGCCUUGAACAGAGGAAUCUUUCCCUGGAGACAGAAAUGAUGGGCCUGCAUGAUGAACUGGAACAAGAGAAGAAGAAGUUUACCAUGGUAGAAAUUAAAAUGCGCAACGCAGAGCGGGCCAAAGAAGAUGCCGAGAAGAGGAAUGACAUGCUGCAAAAAGAGAUGGAGCAGUUCUUCUCAACGUUUGGGGAACUGACAGUGGAACCCCGUAGGCCAGAAAGAGGGAACACCAUUUGGAUCCAAUGAGCAUUGCUGCUGACCAAGACUGUGGGAUUCUGGGAAGAGGGUUGUUGGGAUAUUAUAUUGUAACAGGUGACUGGUCACCUGACUGAGGCUAGCACUCAACGUAAUGUUGUCAACCCUCAAAAGAAGACGCCAUGUCGACAUCAAUCAACCGCAUCUGCUGUGUGUACAUUUUAAUUGAAAAAUCAUAUUCCCCUGAAUGCAUCAUAAUGCUACUGUUAAGUGUUGCAAUUGGAUUUGUGUAUAUAGGUUUUAAAUAGAUCAUUCUGGGGGUUGGGGGCAGAGUAGAAAGAGACAAGAAAAAAAAUAUUUUAAUGCAAGUCUUAUAUUUAAACUGGCAAAUGGAAACUUCAUUGCAAUCAAGCUUUAUAUUGAGGCUUUUUCUCCCUUGCACUUACUUAACAUAAUAAGCUAUUUUUGGCAUUGUGUUACCAUCAGCUUAUUUUAUAAAUUAAUUUGUAUUUGUUUGCCCCUCUUG